AUCAUCAGCGUUUCUGUUUUUGAUUAAAUUUUGACUAGUCAAAUUAAAAAGUGGGUACUUACCUACUUGUCAGUGGUAUUUCUUUAAAAAUUCAAAUCCUCAAUUAGUUACUGAAAGUACAUCAUGUCGGCGGGCCCAGAUACUCCGCCAUUUAGCACCGUUGACAUCAACAAUGAUAGCCGAGAUGACGAGGAUAUUUUUGCGUCCGCUGUACAGGAAGUCAGUUUGGAUCCAGAAGUGAAUGGAGCUCGUGAGGGUCUGGAGAAAGUUUCCAUUGAUGACACUCCAGCCUCAAUAAGUACCUCUCUCAACAGUCCAGUUAUGGAAGAGAUUGCCACAGAACGUUCAAAUAACAUCAUAAUAACGGUAACGGAACCACAAAAAAUUGGAGAAGGCAUGAGUUCGUACGUCGCGUAUCGAGUAUUCACCAAAACAAACAUGCCGAUAUUUAGUAAGCACGAAUUCGCUGUGCUCAGACGUUUCAGUGACUUCUUGGGCUUACACGAAAAGCUCACUGAGAAAUAUCUGCGCUCCGGAAGGAUAAUACCACCUGCACCUGAAAAAAGCAUAGUUGGCACAACGAAACUAAAGAUGACAUCGACCCCUUCAACGGAGAACGUGAAUGGCAGCGUAUCGAGCGCGGGGGUGCAGUCUCAGUUCGUGGAACGUCGGCGGGCCGCUCUAGAGAGGUUCCUUAAUCGUGUAGCCCAGCACCCGGUCUUGAGCAUCGACCCUGAUUUUAGAGAAUUCCUCGAGUCAGGCAUGGACCUACCGAAAGCCACAAGUACAUCGGCGUUGAGUGGAGCGGGAAUGUUACGUCUCUUCAAUAAAGUCGGUGAGACCGUCAACAAGAUCACUUAUAGAAUGGACGAGGCUGAUCCGUGGUUCGAGGAGCGCGCGGUCCGCGUGGAGACGCUGGAGGCGUGUCUGCGGCGACUCGGCGGCGCGUGCGAGGCGCUGGCGGGCGAGCGACGCGAGCUGGCCGUGCGCACGCACGACGCGGCGCGCGCGCACGCCUCGCUGUCCGGCGCCGACCCGCACGCGCCCCUCUCCCGCGCUCUCUCGCACGUCGCCGACCUGCACGAGAAGAUUGAAAACUUGAGACUGGAACAAUCAAACACGGACUUCUUCAUUCUGUCUGAACACAUCAAAGAUUACCUCGGGCUUAUCGGAUCAAUCAAAGACGUAUUCCAUGAACGAGUAAAGGUGUUCCAAAACUGGCAACACGCUCAAAUGCAGCUCACUAAAAGGCGCGAGAACAAAGCUAAGGCUGAACUGUCGAAUCGACCGGAUAAAGCUGAACAAGCAGCCAAUGAAAUAAUCGAGUGGGAAACAAAAGUCGAACGUAACCAACAAGAGUUUGACUCGAUAUCGCGCGUCAUCAAGAAGGAAAUCGAGCGAUGGGAGGAGAUCCGGGUCGACGAGUUGCGGGCAACGCUGCUGCACUACCUCGAGGAACACAUGAAGCAUCAAGCUCAGGCGAUUAGAUAUUGGGACGCGUUUCUUCCCGAAGCGCGCGCCAUCAAAUGAGUGAAGAAACGACCGCGGGCUCGAGCUGUACACGCGUGGCACACACGUACCUAUAAACAGAACAAUUGUAAAGAUAACAAAUACAUAAUAACCAAUAUAUCGACGCUUGAAAGGCUAACGUGACUAAGCGACAAUAACUGCUUUGUACAUAAAUGAUAGGCAAUAACCAU